GCUUCCAGAGUUUGGGAGCUGCCUCUGUUCCUGCCGCGGGAACUGCUCAUCGGCCAUCAAAAACGUAGGGAACUGGCGCAUUUGUGCGAGUAGGCGGCUCCCCGUCGCUGCGUCAGCUUGAAACUGCCCCGAGGACGCAAAUUCACACGUUCUCGACGCUGCCGCCGCGACGCCUGCGAGACGCCUGCGCGACGCGGCUACCCCCGCGCGCCACGGACCGCGCGGCUAGCGCACCGCCGCCAUGGGUAUCUGCCAAUCCUUCUUCAGCGGCGGAGAAAAGCACGAGCACCCCGGCGAGCACCCGGGCCACGAGGUUGAUGAUCACCACGCCGGCGAGCACCUGGACCAGGUCGAGAUCGUGGGGCUGUUGGGCCACGGCGGCGCGACCAUCAAGAAGAUCGAGCGCGACUCCGGCGCGCGCAUCCAGAUCGAUCGGAAGCGGGGGUCCGUGAGUUAUGAGGGAACGGAGACGCAAGUGAACAACGCCAAGGCUCUUGUUGCUGCCGCGGCGUUAAAAGCCCACGAAGCACCGGACUACUGUGGCGAGGACGGCGGCAAGAAGCGCGCAAAAGCUCUACGGGUGCAGAAACGGUCGCGGGAAGCCAAGAGGCAGGCCCACGACUUGUGGGAGAAGGGGGACAAGGCCGGCGCGAAGACCAUGUCCGAGCGCGGCAAGGAGUUGGAUGCGCAGGCGAAGAAGCUCCACGACCAGGCGGCGCACGCCAUCUACUUGCAUCGGAACGGCGGGCGGCCCGACAAUUACAUCGACCUGCACGGCCUGUUUGUUGAGGAGGCCCUCCGGUUCCUGAAGGAGCGGCUGAAGACCUUCGCGCCGGGCGAGAAGCUCGAGGUCGUGACGGGCGCGGGCCACCACUCGGAGGACCACCAAGCCAAAAUCAAGCCCGCGGUGAUCGAGUAUUUGGGAAAGAAGAAGCUGCGCUGGGAGGAGCUCAACGCCGGGGACCUGCUCGUGUACACGUAGCUGGGGGGUGUUUUCUUAAUUCAUAGUCCUUCGU